CUUGAAUAUUUUCUAUGGCAUCUUUCGAAUUUCUGCUCGUAUUGGACAAUAUAAAGAUGUAGAAUAUAGCAUGCGCCUUGUCCCACACAAAGUGGAGUUUUCUGAGGAAGUUUUCAGAGAGCCAGUACGACCUCGAGCUUGGGACGGAAUUCUUGUCUCAACUUUUAUGAGGUUGCUAAACGUAUUAUCUAACUGCUAUUUACCAAGUGCGAUGUUAAAUUAAAUGAUGUGUAAGAAAAUAAAGAACUAUCUAAUUAUACUUAGUUUAAAAAAUGAAAAUGAUUCAGGAAAGUAUACAUAUUAUAUUUGAAAAAUCAAAAUGAUUCAAGAAAGUAUAAUGACGGAAAAGAAAAUCCUUUGCCGAAAUGUAUGAGAUGAAAGAGAAAAAGGAGAUGCCAAGCCAAAAAGAAUAUGAUUCCAGUGAAGGAAUAAGAUGCAAAACAAAUAUGCACUUUUGACAAAUUAUCGGAAAAUUGACCCCUGCUGGGGCAGUCAUACAAUGUGGAAUAGGCUGGUUGCUGAGUCAGUGCCUCUUACCUUUGGGCCUCUCUGCAGACUACACUCGGCUGAAAGGUUUUCCAAGUCAUUUAAAGCUGUGGAAGAUUGUACGCUGCCAUGUGACCAUACCAGCAGAUCAGGCGACUGUGCCAAGGCAAAUUAAUUUGAGCGAUGGCAUGACUCAGGUACGAUCGUCCUACUUGGGUAUUGAAUUUCAUCUAGACAGACGGGAGGAAAACAAGUUGUAUCUCAACGGGGAAAUGUGUUAUUACAUCACCGACAAAAUCUGGUAUACCUUGUUGGACUUUGCAGAAGUGGCCAAGAGCACUGUGUUUCUGAAAGGGUAUAAAGAAUUCUGGCAACAGGUAGCCACAGGUGGUGUCAUGACCAUAUCAGAUGUCCUUGAUAAUUUAAUUUUGGAAAAUCACACCAUCAAGAUUCUAGACAAUGAUUUUGUUUUGCCUGUAAAUUUAACAAUUUCUGAGGAGAAAAUGCUCAAGUUUUUAAAUUUAGUAGGGUUGUUUCUGCAAACGAGGCAAAUCUAUUGGCUGAUUCCUACACUAUUGAGCUUUACAGCAGCCCUAUUGGAGUUCAGCACAGCAUUGAGAGCAUGGCUAUAUGACCAUAUCAAUCUACUCUUCUGCCGGUUCAUGCAUAUCAUUUGUGACCGGCUGCCUCGGUCAAUGAGGAGGGAGGUGUACUCCUUUGGAAACUGGGUGGAAAAUCUGAAGCCCUCCAAUGACCUAAGGCUGAGGGUUGUAAAAGGCGAAAUAUGUGCAGUCAUAGGUGGAGGUGCAAAAGUGCAUAGAGAAGGCGCGACUCUGUUUCAGGCAGAAGCCUUUGAAUGGUCGGGCUUGGAGGGAGAAACCCUAAUUGAAAAGACCAUUCCUUGUGGCAAAAUUGAUCCUGACUAUCGUUCAAUUAACAUCGGGUGCUCGUUUGAUCCAACGAAAGGGAAAUGUCACGUAGCAGCUAACACUGUGGCUCUGGCUGAGGUGGAUUGUAAUAGGGAUGAGUUUGCCAAGUUGUACGAGUUUCUGACUUGCGUGGCCAAGAAUCGUUCAGGCUCGCUGCGAUCUUGUGCUUCCAAUAACAAAGUGCGUGUUCGCGGGUUUAGAGAGACUGUCGCUUGUUAUUCCAAAAGUGGGUUUCCACCUGUGUAUGAACUGAAAUUGGAUAAUGUAAUUGUUGAGUGAGGGUAAAUCCCAUUGGAGUAGUUAACAUAAAGUUGUUUUUCCCUUGCAUAUUAUAUGAAGCUUAUCAAGAAUUACAGAGUAAAUCAGAAUAAUCAGCUGUACACAGAAAACGGAAUGAACUUAUAGUGAGAUAUGUCUAAUCAGUU